CUUUCGACACCGGUUGCACAUAAUCUGUAUUGUUUUUUUUUUUUGUAUUUAAAGAACUUUGGAGCUAAAAAAGUCAAAACGAUAUCGAUAUAUUUAUAAAAUAUAUGAAAAUUUAAAAUUAUAAAUCUUAGCAAUGUCUUUUGCAAAUCAUAUUCGUCAUGCGUUGCAAAAUUUGGCCUCAUUAAGUACGUACCAAUUAUCACGUAGGACAAGCAAGCGUCAUGUAAAAGGUUUUCUUAUCGGCACUGGAUUAACAACUUUCGUGACGGUGUCAGUAGCACAAUUGGAAAGUGGUCAUCGCCGAAAACUGAACACAUCAAUGUAUAUGGCAGAGCCAAUAACAGACGCGGCGGAUUUAUUAAAUAGUGAAGAUGAUAUGAAAGCAAAAAUGGAGCUAAUGAUUAUGAAGAUACAGGCUGAUUUUUGCAAGGCUUUGGAGGCGGAAGAAUAUGCGGGUCAAAAAUUUCAAGUUGACAGGUGGUUACGCAAGGAAGGUGGAGGUGGUAUCACAUGUGUACUUCAGGACGGCGAAGUUUUCGAAAAGGCUGGAGUAAAUAUAUCUGUUGUAAAGGGAAAUUUGCCACCACAAGCCGUACAACAAAUGCGUAGUCGUGGUAAAAACCUUAGCGAAGGAUCUUCAUUACCGUUCUUUGCUGCCGGUGUAAGUGCUGUCAUACAUCCUCGCAAUCCAAUGAUCCCCACAAUACACUUUAACUAUCGUUACUUCGAGGUCAUCAAUAAUGAUGGAUCAAAGCAGUGGUGGUUUGGCGGUGGUACUGAUUUAACACCAUACUACUUAGACGAAUCAGAUGUUGUGCAUUUUCACAAGACUCUUAAAGAUGCUUGCGAUCAAAGUGACACCAAAUAUUAUCCAAAUUUUAAGAAAUGGUGCGAUGACUACUUCCGCAUAACUCACCGCAAUGAGAGUAGAGGCGUAGGAGGUAUUUUCUUCGACGACAUUGAUUCACCGAGUCAAACAGAAGCUUUCAAGUUUGUCACGGAUUGUGCUGAAGCGGUCAUACCAUCUUAUCUGCCCAUUGUACGACGACAUAAAAACGAUGAAUAUGGCGAAAGAGAGCGUCAGUGGCAAUUGUUACGUCGUGGUCGUUAUGUAGAAUUUAAUUUGAUAUACGAUCGUGGUACAAAAUUCGGUCUUUACACACCCGGAGCUCGUUACGAAAGUAUAUUAAUGUCAUUGCCCUUAACAGCUCGCUGGGAAUAUAUGCAUACACCAUCCGUAAAUUCUGACGAAGAUAAAUUAUUUGAUGUUUUAAAGAAUCCAAGAGAUUGGGUAAAAUUAGAAGUUCCUGCUAGAGCUGCUUAAAGUUGUCGUAAUCGAUAGUGGAAAUCGAUUGAAACAAUCGCAUCCCUUCAAUGCUGCACAUAAUUGUUAUACAAAGGAAAUAAUGUUUAUAUUGGUUAAGUGCUGUUUAUUUGCAUAAGUUAAAAAAAAUACACGGUUAUACAGUGAAAAA